AUGUCUGUCCAAGAAGUUGCAGGAGCGUUGGAACUCGCGCAUCAUGCCGCAAGAAUCACCCAAGGUGCCAUAGCCAAAGACCCCAAAACUCCAGAAAAAGAGAAGGAAGCAUGCUUGGCGUUUGUUGACGCAGAGAGCAGGCUCGAUAAAGAGGAUGUUGAAGGAUGCCUGUCUUUGUCAAAAGGAGCCGUGCAGAAGUUCGAGGCGAUCAAGCACCCCACAGGUGUUGCAGACACCUUGCGAAUGAUGGUGUUAGCUUACCGAAUCCAAGCCGAUGUGCUUCGGAGCGCAGAGGAAGACAAGUCAAAAGACAUCAAGGCAGCUCUGAGCACUGCAGAGGGCCUUGCCCGGGAGCACACCGCAAAGUUCAAUGCUUCUGGGGACAAGCGUAGUGAGGCAGUGCUGCUGCUGGCGGCAGGAGAGAUCAACUACAACAAACGAGGUGGAAAGAAGAGGGCAGAAGCCUUCGAAGACCUGAAGAAAGCGAGGGCACUAGCUAAAGAAGCUGGUGACAAGAAGGUCGAGGCGACCGCGAUUUUCGUUCAAGCCAACGCAGCCAUCAAGCUUCGGCAGAAUGACGAUUCCUACAUGUUUGCGCAAGAAUCUUACAAACUUUAUGAGGAAGCAGCUGACAAAAAGGGCCAGGGAAAGGCCUUGCACAUCAUGGCCCUAGCCCAGGUUUUGGCUGAAGAUUUUGAUGAUGGUAUCAAGACUGCCGAGCAAGCGCUGGCCAUUUUCAAAGAGCUUGAACUUCGUAAACUGGAAGCCUUCGAGCUCUUCAUCAUUGCUCACUACUAUCUCACCCGAAAAAUGGGCCGAGAGGCGAUUCCAUAUGCCGAGGACGCUCUGGAGCUGUUCAAAGAAGUGGACUUUGAUGGCUCUGGUUGGACCUCCAAUGCGUUCGAUUGCCUUACCCAAGCAUUCAUUUGCAAGGGUGACGCAAAGAAAGCAAUGAUCAUAUCGGAAGAGGCGGUCGAAUACUUUCAGCGCAAGAAAGAUAAGAGAGGACAAGUGAUGGCUUUGAGCACACUUGCAAACUCCUAUUGCGCGAAGGGUGACUACGAAGCAGCUGUGCCCUUGAUUGAAGAGACACGAGAAAUCAUUCAGAGCUUGGAUGACACCAGGUGGGAGGCAAGUAUUCUUCAUCAGCUGGCUUCAGUUCACAUGCUGCGAGAGUCGUAUGCCGAAGCAGCCUUUGCUGCAGAGGAAGCGAUUGCCAUUUACCAGGACCUGAAAGACAGACAUAGCGAGGCGUUGGCCAUGAACUACAUCACUCAAGUGGCAAUUGCCAAGAACGAUUAUGAGAAGGCCAUUCAAACAGCUCAAGAACAAGCCGCCAUAUUCAAUGAGACCGGUGACAAGAGCAAGGAAGCCUCGUGCUUGCUGACGGUGGCAACUGUUCAUGGCACUGAAGGCAGGCUAGAUGAUGCACUCCGCGUCGCCAAGGAAGCGCAGGAGCUCUUUCAGGAAAAGAAGGACAGGUCAGGUGAGGCUCGAGCUCUCAAUGUGCUGGCAGACAUCUACUGCGACCUGCGGGAGGUGGAGCAGGCUGUUGCGCUGGCCAAGGAGAUGCGCGCCAAGCUGCAAGAAACAGGGGACAUGCGGGCCGAGGUGGGUGCCAUUCGCACCCUCUCAAACAUCUACUUGGCCUCGGAGAUGCCUGGAGAAUCUGUUCGGGCAGCUAAUGAAGCAGUGCAGCUGAGCAAGCGAGUACAUGAUCGCAGACAGCUUGCUGAGAACCUGAUUUUGUCCUCGGAGGCAAACAUUGCCCUGGCCAUGCAGGACAAUCCAAAGGGCUUGGCCAAAGGCUCCGAGCGAUCGCUCAAGCCAGCCAAAGAAGCCUACAAGGCCACGGAAAGAGUUGGACGUAUUCGCUUGAAAGUCUACGCAGUUGUGGCCAAGACUAUUGGUGCUGGAAAGCUCAUGGGAAUGGCCAUGCACCAGACUGCCUACGUGCUGCUUGUCACGGUGAAGCCGGACGAGGCCUUGAAGGCGGCACGGGAGGCGGUAGAUAUUUUCCGACAAGUCGAUGAGCGGGCUAGAGAAGCUGGCUCUGUGAUCUUGAUCGCAGAGAUCUACCACAGCAAGAGUGAGGAUGAAAAGGCAUUAGAUGCUGCGAAUGAAGGGCUUAUGCUGGCGAAGGCAUGUGGUGAUCCCAAGAAGGAGAAGGAUGCUAACAAAUUGAUUGAGCAGAUCGCGGGAAAGAAGUAUGCCUACUAUCAGCCAUACCCUGGUGAGAUGCCUACUAUGCCUCAACAAGCAGAGGGCGGAGGCGGCUCUGCACAAGCGGCUGCAUCAGCUGUGGCAGUGGAAAAGCAGGUGGGCUUGGACCCCAACAUGGUGCAGGCUACAGUCUCCGAAAUGGCAAAACAAGCCAUUGGAGUAGACGAUGAGCUUUUCCUAGAUAGUGCGCUGAUGGACAGUGGAAUGGACAGCUUAACCGCGGUCUCUUUCCGAAAUGGCCUUCAGCAGCAGCUGGGUGUAAAGCUGCCGUCCUCCUUGAUGUUUGAUUACCCCACCAUGAAGGAGGUAGCCAACCGCAUUGUGGAGCUGAGUAUCGAGAACGCGUGA